AGGGAGGUGCGCAGGACCUUCAUCGUGCCCGCCAUCAAGCCCUUCGACCACUACGACUUCUCCCGGGCCAAGGCGGCCUGCAACCUCGCGUGGCUCCUGGCCAAGGCCUUCGGCACAGAAAACAUUCCAGAAGAGUUGCGAGAACCAUUUUACACUGACCAGUAUGACCAGGAGCACAUUAAGCCACCUGUUGUUAACUUGCUGCUGUCGGCAGAGCUCUACUGCCGUGCUGGGAGCCUUAUUCUCAAGAGCGAUGCUGCAAAGCCACUUCUAGGUCAUGAUGCUGUUAUACAAGCUCUGGCACAAAAAGGCCUUUAUGUCACUGACCAAGAAAAGUUGGUGACCGAACGAGAUCUUCACAAAAAACCCAUUCAGAUGAGUGCUCACUUGGCCAUGAUUGACACUCUCAUGAUGGCCUACACAGUAGAGAUGGUCAGCGUGGAGAAGGUGAUUGCUUGCGCUCAGCAGUAUUCGUCCUUCUUCCAAGCUACAGAUCUACCUUAUGACAUUGAAGAUGCUGUUAUGUUCUGGAUAAACAAGGUAAAUGAACAUUUGAAAGACAUAAUGGAUCAAGAACAAAAAUUAAAAGAGCAUCAUGGUGCAGAGGCUGCAGGAGGUCAAAAGUCUCCUACCAAAUGGUUUUGGAAACUGGUUCCUGCUCGUUAUAGGAAGGAGCAGACAUUGCUUAAGCAGCUGCCCUGCAUUCCCUUGGUAGAAAAUCUGCUGAAAGAUGGUACAGAUGGCUGUGCUUUAGCAGCCCUGAUCCACUUCUACUGCCCAGAUAUCAUUAAAUUGGAGGAUAUUUGUCUGAAAGAGACGAUGUCUUUGGCUGACAGCCUCUACAAUCUGCAGCUGAUUCAAGAAUUCUGCCAGGAAUACCUUAACCAGUGCUGCCAUUUCAGUCUUGAAGAUAUGCUCUAUGCAGCUUCUUCAAUAAAGAGCAACUAUAUGGUGUUCAUGGCAGAACUGUUCUGGUGGUUUGAAGUGGUGAAGCCGUCAUUUGUACAACCUCGUGUUGUUGGGCAUCCCCAAGCUGAACCUAGAAAAGAUGCAUCUGCUCACAGUUUGAAUGCUAACAGAAGACAUUACGUGGAUGGACCUUGUGGUUCUGACUUAGCCAGAUUGGAAAGUCCAACUUAUGCCCCAUCCCAUCAACUGCAUACACCCCAGCAGCCUUAUUCUUCUAUUCCAGGAGUCAUCAGAAGGUCCUCAUCAAUGUCUUACGUGGAUGGAUAUGUAGGAACAUGGCCCAAAGAGAAAAGGUCAUCCCUACAUGGAGUUUCAUUUGACAUUUCUUUUGACAAAGAAAAAAGUAUUCCAGUAUCUACUACAAACAGAGGAAUUACUAGAUCUGUGAGCAAUGAAGGCCUUACACUAAAUGUCAACCGUAUGCCCAAGCAUAUUAGAAAAAAUCUGUCCUUCAAGCCAGUAAAUGGAGAAGAGGAAAAUCAAGAUAUUGAAGAAGAAAAGGACGUGAUACCUCAUAAAGACACAAAGGCUGUUGCCCCAAAUCAAAGAAAUGCCAAUGAGAGCGGCCACUACAGGUUUCCAAAUGGAGCUCUGCAAAACAGGGCAGUUCUGGAUGACUUUGGCAAUCAGAUUGAGACACCAAGCAUUGAGGAGGCUUUGCAGAUAAUUCAUGACACUCAAAAAUCUCCCCGAGUUAUCCAGCAAGACCAAAUCACCAAUGGCUUUUUUCUUCACAAUCAGGAAAUGAGUAUCUUAAAUUCAAAUAUUAAACCAAAUCAGUGUACCCCUGAUAUAGUUACAGAUUCGAAAGGUGCUCUGAGCCCUGUGACUGACAAUACAGAAGUAGAUACAGGAAUCCAUGUUCCGUCAGAGGAUAUCCCAGAGACUAUGGACGAGGAUUCCUCUUUGAGAGAUUAUACUGUAAGCAUGGAUUCUGACAUGGAAGAACCAUCUAAAUUUCUUCAGGAUUAUGAUAUACGAGGCAGCAAUCACAGAGAUCAACUAAGUCCCUGUCCCAGCUCAGUAAGUGCCAAAUCACAGGCAGGCAGCAGUGCUUCUUCAAGCUCAGGGGUUAAAAUGACUAGCUUUGCAGAGCAGAAAUUCAGGAAGCUGAAUCACACAGAUAGCAGGAGCAGUGGAAGCAGUUCGCAGAAAACCACACCAGAAGGGUCUGAGCUGAAUAUUCCUCAUGUGGUUGCUUGGGCUCAUAUUCCCGAGGAGACAUCUGUUCCUCCGGGAAGAGACACCACACAGUUACUGGCUUCUGAAAUGGUGCAUCUUAGGAUGAAGUUGGAGGAGAAGAGGCGAGCCAUUGAAGCACAGAAGAAAAAAGUUGAAGCUGCAUUCACUAAGCAGCGGCAGAAAAUGGGAAGGACAGCAUUCCUUAAUGUUGUGAAAAAGAAAGGUGAUGGAGUAUCACCUCUCCGAGAAGAAGCAGCAGGAGCUGAAGACGAGAAGGUAUUCACUGAUAGUAGUCGAUUGAAAGAAAAAGAAAGUCAAAAAACAGAUGAACAAAGUAGUAAGACUUCAGAAGGAAUAAAAGAAAACCCUGAAAGUGCUCACAGCAAAUGGUUUAAGUCUCCUGCUACGCCUAUGGAUUCUGAAAAGCAGUGGAAUUUCGCAAGCCCCGCGGAAGAAAAUUUUAAUGAAGGAGAUAUCUUAGAAUAUACAAAAUCUAUUGAAAAACUGAAUAUGCAACGUCUAUCCCUUCAACAAGAGAUGCUGAUGCAGAUGAGAGAGAAUCAGGCUUGGGUCAUUUCUCCUCCUCAGCCUUCUCCUCAGAAGCAGAUUCGGGAGUUUAAAUCUUCAUCAAGGCAAAUGGGAACCCCAUCUCCCAUUGCAUCUUUUGCACAGGAUUCUCCUCGCUCUACGCAUCAAUCACCACAGUCUUCCAACAGGAAGAAUGCUUCUUUUUCUGUUAAAAUGCAAAGGACUCCUAGGCCAAACGAGUUAAAAAUAACACCUUUAAAUCGGACCUUGACUGCCCCACGCUCUGUGGAUAGCCUUCCUCGUUUGAGAAGAUUUUCUCCAAGUCAGGUUCCCAUUCAAACUAGAUCAUUCGUUUGCUUUGGAGAUGAUGGUGAACACAUAGAUGAACCUCAGUUAAAGGGAAAUCUUUUGAAAGAAGUCAAACCUACAGAGGAAGUAGUAAAAGAAGAAGGACCAAAAAUUUUGAAACCGUGUGAACAGAAGUUGGAAGAAAAGAUUAAGCCUCUUGAAUCUAAUGUUUCUGAAGUAUUAACUCAACCCAUUACAGAAACUGUCUGCCUCACCCCAAAUGAAGAGCAGCUAAGCCACCCAGUUUUACCAACAACAGCUCCCAAAACAGCUAACUUGAUUGAAGUUUCCCUGUCAGAUUUGAAGCCACCAGAAAAAGCUGAAGUAUCUGUUGAGAAAUAUGAAGGUGAGAGUGAUAGAGAACAAUUUGAGGAUGACCAGAAAGUGUGUUGUGGAUUCUUUUUUAAGGAUGAUCAAAAGGCAGAAAAUGACAUGGCAAUGAAACGAGCAGCGCUACUGGAGAAGCGUUUGAGAAGAGAGAGAGAGACGCUGCUUCGAAAGCAGCAGCUGGAAGCAGAGCUAGAGCAUAAGAAGGAAGAGACGAGACGCAAAACAGAAGAAGAACGUCAGAAGAAGGAGGAUGAACGAGCACGGAGAGAAUUUAUUAAGCAAGAAUAUAUGAGAAGGAAACAGCUAAAGCUUAUGGAAGAUAUGGAUACAGUCAUAAAGCCACGUUCCCUCUCAAUCAAACAAAAAAAGCCACGUCCAAAAUCUAUUCAUAGAGAUCAUAUUGAAUCACCAAAAACACCAGUCAAAGGUCCACCAGUAUCUAGUCUUUCCUUGGCAUCGCUGAAUACAGGGGACAAUGAGAGUGUGCAGUCAGGCAAGAGAACACCAAGGUCUGAGUCUGUGGAAGGGUUCUUAUCUCCAAGUCGCUGUGGCAGUCGCAAUGGGGAAAAGGAUUGGGAGAAUGCGUCUACAACAUCUUCAGUUGCCUCUGCUACAGAAUACACAGGACCAAAGCUCUUCAAAGAACCCAGUGCUAAAUCCAAUAAGUAUAUAAUUCAGAAUGCUCUGGCACAUUGCUGCUUGGCUGGAAAAGUAAAUGAAGGUCAAAAGAAGAAGAUAUUGGAGGAAAUGGAAAAAUCCGAUGCCAAUAAUUUCUUAAUUCUGUUCCGGGAUUCAGGCUGCCAGUUCAGAUCUUUAUAUACCUACUGCCCUGAUACUGAGGAAAUCAGUAAAUUGACAGGGAUAGGUCCCAAAUCUAUCACGAAGAAAAUGAUAGAAGGACUUUAUAAAUACAACUCUGACAGGAAGCAGUUUAGCCACAUACCUGCUAAAACUUUGUCUGCCAGUGUCGACGCAAUUACCAUUCACAGCCAUUUGUGGCAAACCAAGAGACCAGUAACGCCUAAGAAACUUUUACCCACCAAGGCAUAGUAGAUGGGAACAAUUUUGGCUUCAGACAACUAUGAUAAACUUGCACUUCAUCUUUACUGCCUAUAGAAUAUAGAUUUCUAGUUGCCAACAAGACUCUUAAAACUGGACACCAAGUUGUAUUAUCAUGCCCAACUGGAAUGUAAACACAUUAUUUAGGAGUACAGAAGAUUAUGGCUUAGGUGAUACUUACAAGUGAUUUUGGAAAUGUUUGACUUGUGUGGAGAUUUUUAUGUGCUAAUACAAUAUAUAGAGUAUAUUUGCUCUGUAUUUUGAUUAGAUACACUGAAGCACUGAAUGUUCAUCUUUAGUGACUCAAACUACAUAAUUUUUUUUUACAUCUGUUGCCUUAUACGUUUGUACUUGUGCUUGUCUUGAAAUAUUUUUCUUUCACUAAAGAAACACUUCUUAAUAUCCUCGACACCAUGGAACUUUACAUACUGACUCUUAUGGAGAAGACUAAAUGGUAAGUUAUAUGUCACUGAAGAACAGCUGAAGGAGUCUGUUUUGCAAAAUCCCUAUUGUAUGCUGUAGUAAAAUCAAGAUUCAUUCCCUGAAUAUUUCUAAUUCCAUUUCAAUUAGACAAUACUGAUUUGCCUGUAG